GUGUGUGUCUCUCCCCUGUUGUAAAACACAGCAACACCGAGCGUUUGCGUAAAGAGGGCACACUCCACUCUGCGCAAUUACGCGGGCUCCUGCCUGGCACAACGAUCAGACAGAAGAUAAUUAAAGGCGCUUCUUCUUCAGCUACAAACGAGGCGCAAAUGGACUUUUAACAGCAGCGUCCGGACCGAGCUUACUCUCAGCACUUCGAUGCAGUUUGCAGCGCAGCAGCUGUGGAUGUGAUGUGCUCUGAGCACAUCCUAAUUUUAUAAAUAGACUUGUUUUUCUAUUUAAAUAGCUUUCCGUCUUCUCUAAAAUUGGCUCCCGUACAAACAGCCGCGUUGGAUCCCUCGGCGUACUGCGAGACUCCGGUGUACAACCCGGAUCUCUGCCCUAACAUGAUCGCCGCCCAGGCGAAGUUGGUGUAUCACCUCAACAAAUACUACAACGAGAAAUGUCAGUCUCGGAAGGCGGCCAUCUCCAAGACCAUCCGGGAGGUGUGCAAGGUGGUGUCGGAUGUGCUGAAGGAGGUCGAGGUGCAGGAGCCCCGCUUCAUCAGCUCCCUCAGCGAGAUGGAUAACCGCUUCGAGGGACUGGAGGUCAUUUCGCCCACAGAGUUCGAGGUUGUGCUCUAUCUGAAUCAGAUGGGGGUGUUCAACUUCGUGGACGACGGCUCCCUCCCGGGCUGCGCCGUCCUCAAGCUCAGCGACGGCCGCAAGAGAAGCAUGUCCCUCUGGGUGGAGUUCAUCACAGCCUCCGGCUACCUCUCCGCGCGCAAGAUCCGAUCGAGGUUUCAGACGCUGGUGGCGCAGGCUGUAGAUAAGUGCAGCUACAGAGAUGUUGUCAAAAUGGUCGCAGACACGAGCGAGGUGAAGCUGCGCAUCAGAGACAGAUAUGUGGUGCAGAUCACCCCGGCCUUCAAAUGCACUGGCAUCUGGCCCCGAAGCGCCGCGCACUGGCCCCUGCCGCACAUCCCCUGGCCGGGUCCGAACCGAGUGGCGGAAGUCAAAGCGGAGGGAUUCAAUCUUUUAUCCAAAGAGUGCUACUCCCUGAACGGAAAGCAGAGCUCGGCGGAGAGCGACGCUUGGGUGCUGCAGUUCGCUGAGGCCGAGAACCGGCUCCUCCUGGGCGGGUGCAGGAAGAAGUGCUUGUCGGUCCUGAAAGCGCUGCGCGACCGUCACCUGGAGCUGCCGGGACAACCCCUUAACAACUACCACAUGAAAACUUUAGUUUCCUACGAGUGUGAGAAACAUCCCAGGGAGUCGGACUGGGAUGAAAACUGCCUCGGAGACCGCCUGAACGGGAUUCUAUUGCAGCUUAUUUCGUGUUUGCAGUGCAGGAGGUGCCCGCAUUAUUUCCUGCCCAAUUUAGACCUGUUUCAGGGGAAACCGCACUCUGCUCUAGAGAACGCAGCCAAACAGACUUGGCGACUGGCAAGAGAAAUACUGACCAACCCCAAAAGCUUGGAGAAACUCUGAGGUAACAUAAACAAAGAAAAUAUUUGUUCACUUAGUUUAAAAAAAAAAGUGUUAAACAGGCCUAACGAGCUCUGGAAUGGACACAAAAACAAUCUGCAAAGUCUUAAAAUGUGACUGUUGGUGAACAUGUUUUGGUCCAGCCUGUUUUAAAAUGAUUUCUUAUAAUAACUGAUCUGCAAUCAUCCCUGUUCACCUUCUGGAGGUGUUAACAGGCUAAAGCAAGUUUAAAUUAUUGCAAACAGCUGACUAAAGCCAGCAGUGGUUGCUUUUCUUUCAAAUCUCACUUUUCAUAAAGUGCUUUAAAAUAAAGCCUCAUACAAAAUUUGGAUUAAAAAGAAAAACACGCCUGUACAUUUUAUACUGUAAAUACAUUCAUAGAUUGUGAUUCAAGUGGUCUGAAAUUGUGAAUGUUGUUCUGUGGCAAGUAAAUAGGAUCCACCCGUUUAAAUCUGAAUUUUGAUCCCCUUUUUUUCUGGUAGAAACGUUUUUAAUUUAUACUUGCAUCAGUGGUAGUCUGACUCACCUGUUUCAAUGAACAUUUUAAAAAAAUGUUUUGAAAGUUUACAUUUUGGAAUAUAGGCGUAAGACAUUUGUUACAUCGAAAACAUUCCAUCAGUUUUACUUGAAUUAUUAUUUAAAAUUAUUCAAAACAUUUGAGUUGUUUGUCCUUUUCCAUGCUUAGGCCUGAUUAAAAAAAAAA